AUGUUCCGCUUCCCGUCGCAGCCUCAUGGGCUGCUGCUUCUGUACUUGUCCCUAGUCCCACUCUACCUCUCUAUGGUCUUGUCCGACGACGACGACAACGACAGCCACGACAACGGCCACAUGGUGCUACGGGGGCAUACCACCAGUACCGCCAAUACUAAUGCGAAUGGCGUCGUGGACGACAUCUCGCACGGCAUUGAAGUGGGGCCGAGCAUAGCCGCUGCCGUUGCUAUUGUCUGUGGGUUGUUGAUGGCCACGUGUGGCUACAAACUCUUGCGCCCGACUAUGUUUGCCUGUGGCUUCCUCGUCGGUGGCUACAUUGUCUCGGCCCUUGUCAUGUACAUUGUCGACGGCCAGUCGUACGAACGCACGGCGUUCUGGAUCUCCUUUGUCAUAGGCGGCCUCGUGCUUGGCUCGCUCGUGGUCUUUGUCUACAACUUCGGUGUCUUUCUCAUUGGCGCGGCCGGCGGUGUCUUCCUCGCGACGCUACUGAACGCUUCGUUUGGCUAUCGCAUUUACCCGAGCGAUCCGUCGACGGGACUACUGCUGCUGGCGAUUGUGCUGGGGCUCAUCUGCGGUCUCAUUGCCUACAAGGUCGAGCGGCUGGCUAUUAUUGUAGCCACGGCGCUGGUGGGCUCGGUCGUGCUGGUGAAUGGCGUGGGCUACUUUAUCGGCGACUUUCCAGAGCUCACGGCCAUUAAGAACUACCGCCAUGAAGACGAGAUGGGGAACCAUGUGUACGACGUGCCGAAGGCGUGGUGGGGCUACUUGGCCGCCAUGUUUGUGGUCUUUUGCCUCGGGAUGAUGAUCCAGAUCAAGAAGACUGGCAAAGCCUAA